GCUUUCAGUUUAGCCACUGUUGCUAGCGAGCUAAACGUCUUGCUAGCGUGCUUACAUUCAAAAUGCUUCUUGACCGUGGGAAAUUAUCCUAUAUUUCACUUAACUGGUCUGAAAAGCUUUUUUGAAAAUGUAUUAUUACUUGCAAAUAAUAUGCCAUUGCCGAUUGUCUGUGGUGUACUAGUUAUGUAUUCUAAACAAACAAAGCUUUUUCAACAUUACAGUGACCCCCGCUAUAGCCUAUAGCGGUUCAGCUAUCACGUCCCCGCUUUAUCGCGGGUUUUCCACCGACGCGUCACUGAUUUCUGCGUACCGCGUACCUUGCUUGUGGUCCGAUUGUUUUCGUUUUGUUUUAAGCCCUACGAUGGCUCCCAAGCGUCUUGCAUCUUCAAAGCCUUCUGGCAGUAGUGAGCCUAAGCGCCAGAGGAUGACCAUUCAGGAGAAGAUCCCUAAGCUGUACGAGUCCUCAGUGCAGAUGAAAGACCGUCACAGAGUGGAGGAGAUCAUUGAGUCGAUGCGACUCGCGGGGAGUGACGCCUUGCAGGUGAUGUCAGACUUUGACAUGACCCUCACUAGGUUUGCAUACAAUGGAGCACGAUGCCCCACCUGUUACGCUAUCCUGGAAGACAGCGUGCUUAUCAGUGGAGAUUGUAAAAAAAUGCUGAAAGAUCUGCUGAACAAGUAUUAUCCAAUAGAGUUUGAUGCAUCACGUACAGUGGAGGAAAAAGUACCAGACAUGGUGGAUUGGUGGACCAAAGCCCACGAACUGCUAAUCGAACAGAAGAUACAGAAGGACCAGCUAGCCAGGGUUGUAAAGGAUUCUAAUGCCAUGCUCAGGAAAGAGUAUAAGUUCUUCUUUGACCACCUGGACAAGAAAGAAAUCCCCCUGGUGAUCUUCUCUGCUGGGAUUGGAGAUGUCCUUGAAGAGGUCAUCAUACAGGCUGGUGUCUUUCACUCCAACAUCAUGGUGUUCUCCAACUACAUGGACUUUGAUGAGAAGGGCACCCUGCAGGGCUUCAAAGGGAAGCUGAUCCACAUCUUCAACAAGAACGGGCUCACGCUGGUCGAGUCCAACCACUUCCCGAAGCUGCGUGACCGACACAAUGUACUGCUGCUGGGGGACUCGCUGGGGGACCUCAACAUGGUCGAGGGGCUGCCGGACACGGACAAUAUCCUGAAGAUUGGCUUCCUCAAUGAUAAAGUGGAGGAUUGGAGGGAGUCGUACCUGAACCGUUACGACAUAGUGCUGGAGAAGGACGAGACCAUGGAUGUGCCCAAUGCCAUAUUGCGUUACAUCACAGGUCAUCAGUGAAGAUCCCUAGAAGGUUUCAGAGCAGAACUGGAGCUGGGUACUGAUCCACCAUCUUCCACCCCAGCAAGUAUUUUUAUUUAUUACUCAACGGGUAAUAACGUCGAUUUCACCAAGGCCUUCAACAGCAUCUGCCGAAAUUCGCUUUGGAGCAUAGCGUGGUCAUACGGCAUCCCCGAGCAGUUUUUUAAGACCUUCCGAUCCCUUUACCUUGGAUCUAGUUGCUGCGUGCAAACGGAAGAUGGCAACACAGAUUUCUUCACCAUGGAGACCGGUGUGAGGCAGGGGUGAAUCCUCUCCCUCUUCCUUUUAGCCAUCGACGUCACUAUGCGGAUCGCCAUGGAACAAGAAGGGUUUGGAAUACCCUGGUGACCACCAACACGCCUGAUCGAUCUCGAUUUUGCCGAUGACAUCGCUCUCCUCGCCGAUACCAAGAAAAACAUAAAGACGAUGACAAGGAGCUUGGACCGAGAAGCUGCCAAAGUUGGGCUCAGGAUAAGUGGAACUAAGACCAAGAUCAUGAGAAUUGGAUAUGUGGCAGCAAACGACACCGUUAUGGUGGGACAACAAUCGCUCAAAGAGGUGGGCAGGUUCACGUACUUGGGUAGCGUCCUCACGAGCGACGGAGAUGCCGACCAUGAUGUGGCUUGCUGGAAUGUGAAAGCGAGUGCGGUCUUCCAGAGGCUACGGCCAAUCUGGUCGACCCAGAAGAUUGACAUGGUGAUGAAGAUCCAUCUGCACAGCAGCGGUGGUUGCGACGAAUCCUGCAAGUCUCAUACCGGGACCGUGUUACCAAUGAAGAGAUUCACCGCCGAACUGCCACCCGCCCCUCAAUGACAUCAUGACCGAGCGACGCAUGCGCUUCGGAGGACACAUCCUCCGUCAACAACCACUACGUCUGCCAAAACCCGCCAUCACCUAGGCGCCCCCAAGAGGAUGACACAAACAAGGCCACCCCCGAACAUCAUGGCAUCGGACUUUCAUUGACGAUCUACGUACCCUAAACAUCGCAUGGGAUGAGGCCGAAGCAGCCGUGGCCAAUCAAAUGUGCUGGAGACAGCUUGCCGCCCAAUGCACCGAACGGCGCAGGAGGAUCUAAGUCUAAGUCAACAGGUAAACAAUGCCCUAAACAAUGAAAAUACACUCCAGUUUCUCUGUAAAAACCUGGCAGCUCUUUAUAUAUAGAACGUACUGAGGCCUGCAGUAUUUUCCUAAGGUUUCUCCUGCCAGCUGAAAGAAGUUUGUUGCCCACCGGCUCUGCAGUUAGUAGAUCUACUGUAUCCCGCUUCUCUUUUGUCAAUGUACAGUAAUUUGAAAUGUUAUAUGGUUUAUAUUUUGCUUUGCAUGUGAAAUCAGUCAGUACA